AUGGGGCGGCGGGUCCCGGCUCUGAGACAGCUGCUGGCGCUGGCAAUGCUGGUGCUGAAGCCUUCACAGCUGCAUUCCCGAGAGCUGUCAGGGUCACGCUGCCCUGAGCCCUGCGACUGCGCGCCGGAUGGAGCCCUGCGCUGCCCUGGCCCUCGAGCCGGCCUCGUCAGACUAUCUCUCACCUAUCUCCCUGUCAAAGUAAUUCCGGCACAAGCUUUCAAGGGACUUAAUGAGGUCGUAAAAAUUGAAAUUUCUCAGAGUGAUUCCCUGGAAAGGAUAGAAGCUAAUGCCUUUGACAACCUCCUCAAUUUGUCUGAAAUACUGAUCCAGAACACAAAAAACCUGAUAUACAUUGAACCCGGUGCUUUUACAAACCUCCCUCGGUUAAAAUACCUGAGCAUCUGUAACACAGGCAUCCAAACCCUUCCAGAUGUUACGAAGAUCUCCUCCUCUGAACUUAAUUUCAUUCUGGAAAUCUGUGAUAACUUACACAUAACCAGCAUACCAGGAAAUGCUUUCCAAGGGAUGAGUAACGAGUCCAUCACACUCAAACUGUAUGGAAAUGGAUUUGAAGAGGUAGAAAGCCAUGCAUUCAAUGGGACGACGCUGAUCUCGCUGGAGCUGAAAGAAAACAUCCACCUGGAGAAGAUGCAUAGUGGGGCCUUCCAGGGGGCCACAGGGCCCAGUAUCCUGGAUAUUUCUUCCACCAAAUUGCAGGCCCUGCCAAGCCACGGGAUGGAGUCCAUUCAGACGCUCAUCGCCACGUCAUCCUACUCACUGAAAACAUUGCCCUCCAGAGAAAAAUUUGCCAGCCUCCUGGUUGCCACGCUGACCUACCCCAGUCACUGCUGCGCUUUCCGGAAUUUGCCGAAGAAAGAACAGAAUUUUUCAUUUUCCAUUUUUGAAAACUUUUCCAAACAAUGUGAAAGCACAGUUAGAAAGGCGACUAACGAGACACUUUAUUCCGCCAUCUUUGAGGAGAGUGAACUCAGUGGCUGGGAUUACGAUUAUGGCUUCUGUUCACCCAAGACACUCCAAUGUGCUCCAGAACCAGAUGCUUUCAAUCCCUGUGAAGACAUUAUGGGCUAUGCCUUUCUUAGGGUCCUGAUUUGGCUAAUUAAUAUACUGGCCAUCUUUGGCAACUUGACAGUCCUCUUUGUUCUCCUGACCAGUCGUUAUAAACUGACUGUGCCCCGCUUCCUCAUGUGUAAUCUCUCCUUUGCAGACUUUUGCAUGGGGCUCUACCUGCUGCUCAUUGCCUCAGUGGACUCCCAAACAAAAGGCCAGUACUAUAACCAUGCCAUAGACUGGCAGACAGGGAGUGGCUGCAGUACAGCUGGCUUCUUUACUGUGUUUGCCAGUGAACUUUCUGUCUAUACCCUAACGGUCAUCACUCUGGAAAGAUGGCACACCAUCACCUAUGCUGUUCAGCUGGACCAAAAGCUGAGACUAAGACAUGCCAUCCCAAUUAUGCUUGGAGGAUGGCUCUUUUCUACUCUGAUCGCCACGUUGCCCCUUGUGGGUGUCAGCAAUUACAUGAAAGUCAGCAUCUGCCUCCCCAUGGAUGUCGAAUCUACUCUGUCACAAGUCUACAUAUUAUCCAUCUUGAUUCUCAACGUGGUGGCCUUUGUCAUCAUUUGUGCUUGCUACAUUAGGAUCUACUUUGCAGUUCAAAAUCCAGAGCUGACAGCUCCUAACAAGGAUACAAAAAUUGCUAAAAAGAUGGCCAUCCUCAUCUUCACAGACUUCACGUGCAUGGCGCCCAUUUCUUUCUUCGCCAUCUCAGCUGCCUUCAAAGUGCCCCUUAUCACUGUCACCAACUCGAAAGUUCUACUAGUCCUUUUUUAUCCUGUCAAUUCUUGUGCCAAUCCAUUUCUGUAUGCAAUUUUCACGAAGGCAUUUCAGAGAGAUUUCUUUCUGUUGCUGAGCAGAUUUGGCUGCUGUAAACACAGGGCUGAACUUUACAGAAGGAAGAAAUUUUCUGCAUAUACCUCCAACUGCAAAAACGGCUUCCCAGGAUCAAGUAAGCCUCCCCCAGCUGCCCUGAAGUUGUCCACAGUGCACUGUUGACAACCUACACCUCCAAGAGUGGCUACACAGAG